AUGCUGGGGUUGGGUGCGGACCGGUUGCGAGCCGACAUGAAUCAUUUGCUCGCGCUGCUCUUUCACCAGGGAGUCCUGGAUGAACAAUUCUUGCAACUCCAGCAGCUUCAAGAUGACACCUCUCCAAACUUCGUCUCUGAAGUUGUUAAUAUCUACUUCCAUGAGUCCGAGAAGCUUUUGAGGAAUCUAAGAGCAUUACUGUUGGAUAGAGAGUUCUCGGACUACAAGAAAAUGGGAAUCCAUGUAAAUCAGUUUAUGGGUAGCAGUUCAAGCAUUGGUGCUAAAAGGAUCAGAAAUGUAUGUGUCGCCUUUCGCGCCGCUUCUGAACAGAAUAACAGACCUGGGUGUUUGCGUGCUUUGGAGUUGCUAGAACAUGAAUAUUGCUAUCUCAAAAACAAACUGCACGAACUCUUCCAAAUAGAGCAGCAACGAGUAUUGGCAGCCGGAGUUAGGUACCCAGCGCAGAACUGA